AUGAUUGCUACUAACAAGGAGAAAGCGUCACACAAAAUUUAUAUAGAGAGCAUUCUCGCCGACGCCAGCGGAAAACAGAAGGGUUUUUCUGCUCAGACAAAUGAUUAUCAGCAAUUGGUAAGAGAACUGGUGGCAAAAGACCCUAGCUCAGACACUGCUGGCGAUUCACAGGCUAUUAUAAGCGAUGAAUCCGGCGGGCGGCAGGAGAGGCUGGAGUGGGAGAGGCUGGAGCAGGAAAGACUGGCGAUAACAGAGCAAGAGAGGCUGGAGAAGGAGAUGCUAGAGUGGGCGAGACUAGAGCAAGAGAAGCGUGACCAGGAGAGGUUAGAGUGGGCGAAGUUACAAGAAAGCUUUGCACAGAAGCUACGAGAGCAGGAAAAAAUAGACCAAGAGGAGCAAGAACAGGAGAACCGAGAACAAGAACAAGAGAACCGAGAUCUAGACAAGCGGAGAAUAGAGAGGCAGGGACGCGAGAGGCGAGAACAAGGGAGGUGGGAACAAGAGAAGACAAUUGAGUCAGAGGGAGGUCUAGCAGCAGAAAGAACUGAACCAAGACCCAGGAGACGGCAGGAUCCAACUCCGCUGGCUCAAACGCUAGAUUUGGUCUGGAUCAUGUUCAAGGGUCGAGAACGAGGCGUUUGGAGGACCGCUCACAGGCUCCAUGUUUAUUCCUCUGAUUCAUCCGAGGUCGAGCGAAUAGCGGUCAAGUAUAUAAGGAAGAGAGAGCAGAUAAGGGUAUACGAUACCGACUUAAAUAUUCUGACGCCACAAAUUUGUUUCCAAGCUGCCAUUGCUAACAGAAGCAACAUGCUGCUUUUGAUUCCAGCAAGGGAAAUCGACAUCAAUGAAGAGCUAGAGGCCUCUGUCUCUCAAAUGUUAUCUGAAUCAGACUCGCAAAUAGAGACUGGUAUCCAAUGA